AUGGCCACCCAACCACCUCCCUCAAGCAACUCGACGAGUUCGGGCAGCUCUCCGGAGCAGAAUGCUGCUACGCAGCACUACCUGGAUAUGCUCAACAAAGCCCUCGGGUACAACUAUCUCUGGGCUUUGCUCGGUGUGGUUGCGGCGCUCUUGGCUUGGACUACCAUGGUUCGAAUCAAUGCUCAUCUCCGACACCUUGCGUCGAUGGGCGGAGAUGGUCCCCUCCGAUACUUCUCCAAGACGUCACCUCUGGUGUCUCUUCUGAAGAGCAACCUCCUCUACGCCCCAAUCUUGUACUACCGACGGGCACGCGAGUUGAAGGUCUCUCGACACGUCAAUUUUGGCUCCAUACCAACCCGAUUCCAAUCAAUCUUCAUUUGUCUUGUCAUUGUUACCAAUGUCUUCACCUGCACUUGGAACAUACCAUGGUCUGAUCCUGAACUUCAGGUGCUGCCGAUCCUGCGAAACCGGACCGGUACGUUGUCUGUGGUGAAUCUCAUCCCGAUCAUGGCCAUGGCCACAGUGAAGAAUCCUCUGAUAACAUUACUCGACAUAUCUUAUGACACAUUCAAUUUGAUGCACCGUUGGUUUGGGCGCUUGGCUGUCCUGCAGGCCAUUGUUCAUACCUUGUGCUGGCUCAUUGCCAAAGUGCAGUCAAAAGGCUGGGCGGCUGUCAGGCUGUCGCUGCAGAGCCCCUUCAUCUACAGUGGCCUGGUUGCGGUCAUAGCAUUCACGGUGAUGUUGUUGCAUAGCCCAAAGCUGGUUCGAAACUUGUCCUAUGAGUUCUUCUUGCACUGUCACUUUGUCCUCGCACUCCUGGUUGUGGUGUUUCUCUGGAGGCACUUGGAAGGUCUCCCCCAGCAGCACUUGUUACUGGGUGCCAUCAUAAUCUGGGCUGCUGCAAGAGGGCUCAGACUGGCUACGUUGCUGUACCGGAGCGUAGGAAGAGGCGGGGUGAAGGCGCAAGUUGAGCCGCUGCCCAAUGGUGCGGUCAAGAUCACCAUAACGACACCGCGACCGUGGGUGUAUCGGCCUGGCCAGUCUCUGUACCUGACGCUCCCUGCCAUCGGGCUCUGGACUGCACACCCCUUCUCCGUGGCCUGGUCUGGAUCUGAGGCGAAUCAUUUGGCGAGAUCUGAUUCUGACCGUUUGGAGUACAAUGAAAAGAAUCCCGUCAUUCGCGCCAGAUUGCCUGAGGUGGAGAAGCGAGGAGCACAAACCGUUUCCCUCAUAGUCAAAAAGCAGGCCGGCCUGACGGAGAAACUCUGGCACCAUGCUCACAAAACCGAAACUUCCACGUCGCUCAAUGCGCUUAUCGAAGGUCCCUACGGCAACGAACGAAGCUUAUCCAGUUAUGGGACUGUGAUACUUUUUGCGAGUGGCGUGGGUAUCACGCAUCAACUGGGAUAUGUGAGGGAACUCGUGCAAGGCUACAGUCAAGGCACCGUGGCAACCAGGAGAAUCACCUUGGUUUGGGUCAUUCCCAGCACGGCAUGCCUCGACUGGAUCAGCUCCUGGAUGCACGAGAUUCUGAGCAUGGAAGGCCGAAGAGAGGUUCUCAAGAUCCUACUCUACAUUACUCAAGCGGGUCUGAGCCAGUCCAUCCAGAGCCCCAGUGAGAUGGUCCGGAUGGCCAGAGGACGGCCCAACGUUGAGGACCUGAUCCGCGAUGAGGCUGGCUUCAAAGUUGGCUGUCUCGGAGUUAGUGUUUGUGCAGGCGGCGGCUUGGCGGACGAGGUCAGGCGGGUAUCGCGAUUGCUACUUGAUAGAGGCGUAAACCUGGAAUUCUCUGAAGAAGGGUUUGGAUGGUGA